CGCCGUGCCCGCGCACCGGCGACCCGCCCGUCAUCCAUGUUGUCUAUGUGAUCAAGCUGUCACCUACCUGUCCGGUUUAUUAAACUACACAUUACUCACGGAAUUACACCAUUCUGCCAUUACUAAAAGGCUGCAUAACGCCAGGGAGACCUUGUCGGGAGUAUUUAGAUUUUUUUACUGCGGACAGAAAAGAAGAUAAAGUUGAUGAGUGUUGAGGAAGAGGGCCACGUCCCAACUCUACAGCUACGCAGAGACCCCAGGGCCACGUCCCAACUCUACAGCUACGCAGAGACCCCAGGGCCACGUCCCAACUCUACAGCUACGCAGAGACCCCAGGGCCACGUCACAAUUCUACAGCUACGCAGAGACCCCAGGGCUACGUCCCAACUCUACUGCUACAGAACACCAUUAUGACUGCGAGCCGGCCAGCUGAGUAGAGGAACGGGAGCCGCCCCCUCUGCCACCUGCAGCCAUGAAUGGUGACCUCCGUGUGUGGGCUAUCUCUCCAGAAGAGAGGAACAAACAUGAUAAACAGUUUGACACCCUCUCUCCCACCAUGGGCUACGUCUCAGGGGAGCGGGCCAGGAAGUUCUUCUUGCAGUCGGGUCUUCCCCCCUCGGUUCUUGCAGAGAUAUGGGCGCUGGCUGACAUGGGUAAGGAUGGGAAGAUGGACAGGUUGGAGUUCUCCAUCUCUAUGAAGCUCAUUAAGCUCAAACUGCAGGGCACGCCCCUUCUCUCAACUUUACCAAUCAUCAUGAAGCAACCGCCAGUGCCCGCCCUUAACCCCUCCUCUACGGACGCCAUGUCCGCCUCGCGCUACGGAAUGGGUGCCGAGCCAAACCUUUCUAUGAUGCCCGGAGGCAUCGCCAUGCUCACCCCGAACCUCUCACCCAUGACACCUAUGAGCGGCCUCACCCCCAUGAUCCCAACAGCUACAGGCAUGGCCCCCCUGGUUUCCACGUCAACGAUGCCCAUUCCCUUGCUGCCUUCCCUUGGCAGCCCCGCUUUGCCCAACGGCACUAUGGGUAUUCUACAGCAAUUCCCACCAGGGUACAUGGGGACAGGCAUGUCUCUCUCUGCACCGUAUGUAUCCUCUCCCCUGGGUCUCUCUGCACCGUAUGUAUCCUCUCCCCUGGGUCUCUCUGCACCGUAUGUAUCCUCUCCCCUGGGUCUCUCUGCACCGUAUGUAUCCUCUCCCCUGAGUCUCUCUCCUGGGAUCAACAAAGCUACAUCACUGUUGGACUCAAGCAGCUCCAACUCGUCCUCUACCACCUCCCUGGCAGGUAGUUCUCCUAAGACCGCUCCCUCUGACUGGGCCGUGCCUCACGCCUCGCGUCUUAAAUACAGACAGCAGUUUAACAGCCUGGACAAACACAUGACGGGAUACCUCACAGGUCCGCAAGUUAGGAAUGCCAUGGCAACCACUCUGCUCACUCAUACACAGCUGGCCACCAUCUGGUCCCUGGCUGAUGUAGAUAAGGAUGGGACGCUAAGAGGAGAGGAGUUUAUUCUGGCCAUGCAUCUAGUGGACGUGGCCAAGAGCGGACGACCCUUACCACACACACUACCGACAGAUCUAAUUCCACCAUCAGAGAGGGGUUCUGUGAAUGGAACCAGUUUGUCUCUCUAUGCUGGCAUCACAGAAGAACUGGAGGCUGAGCCACCACAGAAAACCAAAAACAACCUGUCGUUUGAGGAUAAGUUCAAGGCCAACCUGGAGCGAGGGAACGCAGAGUUGGAGAAAAGAAGACAGGCUCUGCAGGAUGCACAGAGGAGAGAGGAAGAGAAACGCCAGCAGAAGGAGAGGGAGGAGCGAGAGAGGAGAGAGAGGGAGGUCAGGGAACAAGAGGAGAGGAGGAGGAAGGAGGAAGAGAGGAGGAUGGAGCGGCAGAGGGAGCUGGAGAGACAGAAAGAGGAGGAGAGGCUGAAGGAGAUGGAGAGAAAAGAGGCGGCGCAGCGUGAGCUGGAGCUCCAGAGGAAGGAGGAGCUGGAGAGGAGGAGGAGAGGAGAGCUGCAGCGCCAGAAGAGUCAGGAACAGGAAGACGUCAGCCAACUAAAGGCCCGGAAGAGGAGUCUGGAGAUGGAGUUGGAGGCUGUGGGUAACAAACACAGACAGAUCUCUGAGCGGCUGCGGGAUGCUCAGAGUAGAAGGAAGGUGCAACGCAGUGAGCUGGAGCUGGCCAACCAGAGACGAGACACAGCCAGACAGGACAUCAACUCCCUGCAGAGACAACUAGAGGAGAACCAGAGGAAUCUGUCCCGGCUGACUCCAGAACAGCAGAGACUCAGUGACAAACUGAAGGACAUGGCCCUCAACAACCUGCCAGUCUCCACCACAUCCACUCUCAAACGCAGCACCAGCGAGAAGGCCGGAGCCUGUCGCGACCUGAAGCAACAGCUCGAUGCUCUGGAGAUGGAGACGGCUGCUAAACUGGCUGACAUGGAUCAUUACCUGAAGGACAUACAGGCACUGAGAGAGAACCAGCGGAAGCAGCAGUCGGCUCUGGAUAAACUACGGAGCAUCAAAGAGGACAAAGGGAGAGAACUGGAGAGACAGAGAGAGCUGGAGGAGGAGGAGAGGAAAAGGAGGGAGGAGAAGGAGGAGGCCAAAAGGCGUAUUAAGCUGCAGGAGAAGCUGAAGAGAGAGGAGGAGGAGAGACAGAGGAGGCUGCAGGAAGAGAGAGAGGCCAAACUGAGAGAGGAGAAGGAGAGACAGAGGAGGCUGCAGGAAGAGAGAGAGGCCAAACUGAGAGAGGAGGAGGAGAAGGAGACACAAGCCCGCCUCUUAGCUGCUAAAGAAAAGGUAGAACGAGAAAGCAGAGAGGAGAGGAGGAGACAGGAGGAAGAUGAGAGGAAAAGGAGGGAGGAGGAGAGAAGACAGGAGGAAGAGGAGAGGAAGAGGAGGGAGGAGAGGGAGGAAGAGGAGAGGAAGAGGAGGGAGGAAGAGGAGCGGAAGAGGUUAGAGGAGGAGGAGAAGAAAAGGCAGGAAGAGGUGGAGAGCAAGAGGUGUGAGGAGGACAAGAAGAGAUUGGAGAGGAGGAGGAGGCAGCAGGAGGAAGAAGCGAGGAAGCUGAAGGAAGAAGCGAAGAGGAAGCUGGAGGAGGAGAGGAGGAGCAGAAAGGGGGAGGUGGCGGCGUUGCGGCAGCAGGGGCGUGCAGGGAAGACAGACAUCCACGACAAACUGUCAGCCCUUCUUGGAGGUCUAGAGGAGAGGAAAGGUGGUCUGAAACCCCAGGCCACAGAGCACAGGAAGUCUGCGAUGCUCACUUCCUUCCGGGCGCUCUACCCUUUCACCGCUCGCAACCUGGAAGAACUCAGCUUUGAAGCCGAUGAGGUCAUCGAGGUGGAUGAGAGUACGGAGCGAGAGCAGGGUUGGCUGUACGGGAGUCGUCAGGCGAAGAUGGGCUGGUUCCCAGAGAGUUAUGUAGAGAGACAGUUCAAAUCAGAGAGACCUGCUACUGUUACUACAACUACCACUGCUGGUGCUACUACUGCUGUUUAUGCUGCUAAACAGGCCCUCAGACCACAGCUCUCCACCCCCAUCAACACAGGGAAACCCGGGGGAGAUGCUUCUAUGUCAACAGGACAGAACUCCGCCUUCACGCCUACACACGCCCCUCACCCCACCCCCUCGGAGCAGCUGGUGGGUAACCUGCAGGCCCAGGCUCUGUGUUCGUGGACAGCGAAGACCGAGAGCCAUCUGAACUUCAGUAAGGACGAUGUGAUCCGGGUGCUGGAGCAGCAGGACAGCUGGUGGCUGGGGGAGCUCAACGGGGUUCAGGGCUGGUUCCCCAAAACAUACGUCACACUCCUGGGAGACGAUGACAACACCACUGCCCUGACGUAUUCUCCCCCAGAUGAAGUGGAGGCCUCAGAUCCUGCUCCACUGGAAGAGUACAUGGCGCUGUACACCUAUGAGAGCCCAGAGCAUGGCGACCUGACGUUUAGAGAGGGUGAUGUGAUCCUGGUGACCCAGAGAGAGGGAGAGUGGUGGAGCGGAGGCAUCGGAGACCGCACUGGAGUGUUCCCUUCUAACUACGUCAAACCCAAAGAGACCGAUACAUCCAGCAGCCCAGGGAAGCCUGGGAAGAAGCCAGAGAUAGCCCAGGUGAGCACUGCCUUCACGGCCACAGGAACAGAGCAGCUCAGCCUUGUACCAGGACAGCGCAUCCUCAUCCUCAGCAAGGAUUCCUCCGGCUGGUUGCUCGGACAACUGCAGGCGCGAGGAAAGAAGCGUCAGAAGGGUUGGUUUCCGGCCUCACAUGUCAAAAUGCUGGGAUCUAACAGCGGCAGGUCCACACCAGCACCUCUACCAGUGUGUCAGGUCAUUGCCGUGUACGACUACAAAGCAGCCAACGAGGAUGAGAUGAGCUUCUCCAAAGGUCAGAUGAUCAGUGUGUUCGACAAGAACGACCCCGAUUGGUGGAAAGGAGAGAUCAAUGGGAUCACCGGUCUGUUCCCAACCAAUUACGUCAAGAUGACCACCGUUGACUCCGAUCCCAGCCAGCAAUGGUGUGCUGACCUAAACAGUCUGGAGUCUAUGAGUCCCGAGGAGAGGAAGAGACAGGGUUACAUCCACGAGCUCCUCCAGACAGAGGAGAGAUAUGUAGAGGACUUACAGAUAGUCAUGGAGGUAGCUAAACACACACACACACACACACACACACACACACGUGUUGAUGUACUCUACUGUACUCUGUGUGUUCAGGUGUUCCAUAAGCCCAUGUCUGAGUCUGGCCGUCUGACGGAAGCAGAGAUGGUCAUGAUCUUUGUCAACUGGAAGGAGCUCAUCGCCUGCAACACCAAACUGCUGAAGGCCCUGCAGGUACGUAAGAAGACGGGGGGCGUCAACAUGCCUGUCCAGGUUAUAGGGGACAUCUUGGCGUCAGAGCUGCCUCACCUCCAGCCUUACAUCCAGUUCUGCUCCUGUCAACUCAACGGAGCGACCCUGCUACAGAGUAGGACUGAAAACCAACAGGACUUUAAAGACUUCCUCAAGAAAAUCGCCACGGACUACCGCUGUAAAGGCAUGCCCUUAUCCAGCUUCCUGUUGAAGCCCAUGCAGAGGAUCACACGCUACCCUCUACACAUCAAGAACAUCCUGGAGAGUACCAAGGAGGAGCAUGCAGACUGCGGGCCCCUGAGAGAGGCUCUGGAGCGGGCUGAGGAGCUGUGUACUCAGGUCAACGAGGGGGUCAGGGAGAAGGAGAACUGUGACAGGCUGGAGUGGAUACAGUCACACGUACAGUGUGAGGGAGUCACAGAGAACCUGGUGUUUAACUCUCUGACUAACUGCCUGGGGCCUCGUAAGCUGCUCCACAGUGGGAAGGUGUAUAAGAUGAAGGGCAAUAAGGAGCUGUGGGCUUUCCUUUUUAACGACUUCCUGUUGCUCACCCACGCUGCCAGACAGUUCAGCUCCUCGGGACCGGACAAACUCUUCACCAGCAAGAACAACACACAGCUUAAGAUGUACAAACCGCCGGUGUUCCUCAACGAGAUUCUAGUGAAGCUGCCCGACUCCUCCAGUGAAGAGCCCUUCUUCCACAUCUCCAACAUAGACAGAGUCUACAGCCUCAAAACAGAGAACAUCAACGAGAGGACGGCCUGGGUCCAGAAGAUCAAGGCUGCGUGUGAGGACUUCUUCCAGAUGGACAAGAAGAAGAGAGCAAAGGCCUACCAAGCUCGUUCUCUGAAGGCCAGUGGAAUCGGCUGUCUGUUAGUCACCGUCCUGGGGGCCACUGAACUGAAGUCCAGCAAACCCAACGGUAAGAGUAACCCUUACUGUGAGGUGACCAUGGGAGCUCAGAACUACACCUCCAAGACUCUGAGUGACACAGUCAACCCCAAGUGGAACUUUAACUGUCAGUUCAACAUCAGAGACCUGUACCAGGAAGUGCUCUGCAUCACCAUCUUCCAGAGGGAGCAGUUCUCCCCUGACGACUUCCUGGGUCGUACGGAGGUACCCGUGGCAACCAUAAAGGAGGAGUUGGAGAACAAGGGGCUAGUGACACGCCGUUUGCCACUCCAUGAGGUCCCCACUGGAGAGGUGUGGGUCUGCCUCGACCUGCAGCUCUUCCAAAACAGUGCAUCUAAACAAGGACAUCCUGGCCAACACUGGGCGCCCAAAUAAGGACAUCCUGGCCAACACUGGAUGCCCAAAUAAGGACAUUUGGCCAACACUGGACGCCAAAAUAAGGACAUUUGGCCAACACUGGACACCCAAAUAAGGCCUUCUUGACCUGCAGCCACAUGGGGAGUGACUUGUUAUAUAAUGUAUCUAACUGCUGGUCUUGGGUCAGAUACCUAUUAAUCCUGCUAAUGGUUAAGGUUGGGAUCUGGGGUUGGGCUGGGGCUAACUUUUACCUGGAGCUGCAAUGGUGAUGGGGAACCCUCCCUCCUCGUCUGAGGUCAGACCAUUCUUAGCAAUGAUCUGAGGACAGUUUAGUCUUUUAGGAAAGUUUAAACACACACACUGGUGGUGACCAAGGUUGGGUUAGUGUAAAGCUGAUCCUAGAUCUGUAGUGGUUCUACUUGUAUCAGCACUAACACUGAUGGCCUGCCUAUGCUCUCCUCUGCUACGGACUGGCUCCUCAUUCUGCCAAGUUAUUAUUUUGUGAACUCAACCCAGGCCAAUGUUGGACAAAACUAUUUAUUUAGGAUCGUCGUCUUAACUCUAUAUUUGUUCAAGCUAAGAUGUUGUUUGGGAAGGUAAAUACUAGGUGAAAUGGGGAGGGGGGUUAGGAAAGUGUUUCCUGCCAUGAAGGGCCUCACGUCCAGCGAUAAACUAUCUCAGGACUUGUUUUCCCUGCUGGGCGUUUUAUCUUACUGCAUCAUAACCAGCUGCUUUUCUUUUAUCUCAGUCUGGUGGCACAGAUCUCCUAAUUAACGGCAGUUUUAAAACCAACUCUCUUUCUUUGCAGUAUAAAUGUUCUGUCGACCUUAAGGAGAUCUUGUUCUUUAGUUGUGGUGUAGUUGCCUCAGAAACACUCUAAAAGGAAAACGGGUCUUUAGUUUUACUCCAAUCCUCCUAUUCAUAAAGAGGUUUAGACUAGGACUGCAGGAACAUGUGCGUUUCCGUUUCGCUUUUUAAAUCAUAGUGAAUAAGAUGAUAUGGACAGAGGGGACCUGAUCCUAGAUCAGCACGAGCCUGGUCCCAGGUCUGUUUGUGUUUUUGCCUACUCCAAUGUCAUUGUCAAGUCAGACUUCAUGUUCUGCAUGACGACUCCAUAAGGAGUUGGCCAGAGAGCAGUAACAGACUGGCACCCAGGCUAGAUCCGCACUGCUACUCUGAGACACAGUGAAUAUGGACCCAGCACCCUCCAGUGGCUCUAUAACCACUAGCUCCACCCAGGGGUGUGGUCACGGAAGCCUCCAGUGGCUCUAUAACCACUAGCUCCACCCAGGGGUGUGGUCACGGAAGCCUCCAGUGGCUCUAUAAUCACUAGCUCCACCCAGGGGUGUGGUCACAGAAGCCUCCAGUGGCUCUAUAACCACUAGCUCCACCCAGGGGUGUGGUCACAGAAGCCUCCAGUGGCUCUAUAACCACUAGCUCCACCCAGGGGUGUGGUCACAGAAGCCUCCAGUGGCUCUAUAACAACUAGCUCCACCCAGGGGUGUGGUCACGGAAGCCUCCAAUGGCUCUAUAACCACUAGCUCCACCCAGGGGUGUGGUCACGGAAGCCUCCAGUGGCUCUAUAACCACUAGCUCCACCCAGGGGUGUGGUCACGGAAGCCUCCAGUGGCUCUAUAAUCACUAGCUCCAUCCAGGGGUGUGGUCACAGAAGCCUCCAGUGGCUCUAUAACCACUAGCUCCACCCAGGGGUGUGGUCACAGAAGCCUCCAGUGGCUCUAUAACCACUAGCUCCACCCAGGGGUGUGGUCACAGAAGCCUCCAGUGGCUCUAUAACAACUAGCUCCACCCAGGGGUGUGGUCACGGAAGCCUCCAAUGGCUCUAUAACCACUAGCUCCACCCAGGGGUGUGGUCACGGAAGCCUCCAGUGGCUCUAUAACCACAAGCUCCACCCAGGGGUGUGGUCACAGAAGCAUCCAGAGGCUCUAUAACCACUAGCUCCACCCAGGGGUGUGGUCACAGAACCCUUCAGUGGCUCUAUAACCACUUGCUCCACCCAGGGGUGUAGUCACAGAACCCUCCAGUGGCUCUAUAACCACUAGCUCCACCCAGGGGUGUGGUCACAGAACCCUCCAGUGGCUCUAUAACCACUAGCUCCACCCAGGGGUGUGGUCACGGAAGCCUCCAGUGGCUCUAUAACCACUAGCUCCACCCAGGGGUGUGGUCACAGAAGCCUCCAGAGGCUCUAUAACCACUAGCUCCACCCAGGGGUGUGGUCACAGAACCCUUCAGUGGCUCUAUAACCACUUGCUCCACCCAGGGGUGUAGUCACAGAACCCUCCAGUGGCUCUAUAACCACUAGCUCCACCCAGGGGUGUGGUCACAGAACCCUCCAGUGGCUCUAUAACCACUAGCUCCACCCAGGGGUGUGGUCACAGAACCCUUCAGUGGCUCUAUAACCACUUGCUCCACCCAGGGGUGUAGUCACAGAACCCUCCAGUGGCUCUAUAACCACUAGCUCCACCCAGGGGUGUGGUCACAGAACCCUCCAGUGGCUCUAUAACCACUAGCUCCACCCAGGGGUGUGGUCACAGAUGACUGGUGAGCCAGAGUGGCUCUUAUUUGUUUUCACCUAUGUGACUAUAACUAUGCAGAGGCUUUAAUCAGCCUUUCAUCACAGCAUUGUAAUCAGUGUCUGAAUAGUCUCUUUCAUAUUUUACCACAUGAACAAAGAAAGGAUCGUGAGAAUGGUCUUUGAAGGAUAAGAGUCCAUUGAACUAAUAUAUGUAAAACAUUUAUUUUUAAUUAUAAUCAUUAAAAAUGUGUAAGACAGGAAUGGACAUGAUUUAGCUGGACAGCUACAUUAUACUGAUCUACCAGAGAUUUUCCUCUUAAAUCAUUGUUUUAAUUUAAGCUGCACAGGUCUUCUAUUGGGCUGUUAUUCAUUUGGGGUUGAACUGUAAGUCCUGUGGUGUGUCGAUUUAACUCUGUGUACUGAUUUACUGUGCUAAGAGAGUGCAUGACUCUGUGUACUGAUUUACUGUGCUAACAGAGUGCAUGACUCUGUGUACUGAUUUACUGUGCUAACAGAGUGCAUGACUGUGUACUGAUUUACUGUGCUAACAGAGUGCAUGACUCUGUGUACUGAUUUACUGUGCUAACAGAGUGCAUAACUCUGUGUACUGAUUUACUGUGCUAAGAGUGCAUGACUGUGUACUGAUUUACUGUGCUAACAGAGUGCAUGACUGUGUACUGAUUUACUGUGCUAAGAGUGCAUGACUCUGUGUACUGAUUUACUGUGCUAACAGAGUGCAUGACUCUGUGCACUGAUUUACUGUGCUAACAGAGUGCAUAACUCUGUGUACUGAUUUACUGUGCUAAGAGUGCAUGACUGUGUACUGAUUUACUGUGCUAACAGAGUGCAUGACUCUGUGCACUGAUUUACUGUGCUAACAGAGUGCAUGACUGUGUACUGAUUUACCGUGCUAACAAGUGCAUGACUCUGUGUACUGAUUUACCGUGCUAACAGAGUGCAUGACUGUGUACUGAUUUACUGUGCUAACAGAGUGCAUCCUACUGCCUGAUAUGCAGCGUGUUCACAAUGGGCACAGCACUCACUGAUUCUGGGUUCUCUGAGGAUAAUAAAAGGUGUUUAAAACAAA